CUCUAGAACCCCCAGUGUAGCGAGCUGGAGAGAGGGCAGCAGUCCUGAGGGCAGCAGGCCUGGUUGCAGCUGGCGUGGGGGUCUCAGGAUGGAGCCCUCAGCCCUGAGGAAAGCUGGCUCAGAGCAGGAGGGCUUUGAGGGGCUGCCCAGAAGGGUCACUGACCUGGGGAUGGUCUCCAAUCUCCGGCGCAGCAACAGCAGCCUCUUCAAGAGCUGGAGGCUGCAGUGCCCCUUCGGCAACAAUGACAAGCAAGAAAGCCUCAGUUCGUGGAUUCCUGAAAACAUCAAGAAGAAAGAAUGCGUGUAUUUUGUGGAAAGUUCCAAACUGUCUGAUGCUGGGAAGGUGGUGUGUCAGUGUGGCUACACGCAUGAGCAGCACUUGGAGGAGGCUACCAAGCCCCACACCUUCCAGGGCACACAGUGGGACCCAAAGAAACAUGUCCAGGAGAUGCCAACAGAUGCCUUUGGCGACAUCGUCUUCACGGGCCUGAGCCAGAAGGUGAAAAAGUACGUCCGAGUCUCCCAGGACACGCCCUCCAGCGUGAUCUACCACCUCAUGACCCAGCACUGGGGGCUGGAGGUCCCCAAUCUCUUGAUCUCGGUGACGGGGGGGGCCAAGAACUUCAACAUGAAGCCGCGGCUGAAGAGCAUUUUCCGCAGAGGCCUGGUCAAGGUGGCUCAGACCACAGGGGCCUGGAUCAUCACAGGGGGGUCCCACGCCGGCGUCAUGAAGCAGGUAGGCGAGGCAGUGCGGGACUUCAGCCUGAGCAGCAGCUACAAGGAAGGCGAGCUCAUCACCAUCGGAGUCGCCACCUGGGGCACUGUCCACCGCCGCGAGGGCCUGAUCCAUCCCACGGGCAGCUUCCCCGCCGAGUACAUACUGGAUGAGGAUGGCCAAGGGAACCUGACCUGCCUAGACAGCAACCAUUCUCACUUCAUCCUCGUGGACGACGGGACCCACGGCCAGUACGGGGUGGAGAUUCCUCUGAGGACCAGGCUGGAGAAGUUCAUAUCGGAGCAGACCAAGGAAAGAGGAGGUGUGGCCAUCAAGAUCCCCAUCGUGUGCGUGGUGCUGGAGGGCGGCCCGGGCACGUUGCACACCAUCUACAACGCCACCACCAACGGCACCCCCUGCGUGGUCGUGGAGGGCUCGGGCCGCGUGGCCGACGUCAUUGCCCAGGUGGCCAACCUGCCUGUCUCGGACAUCACUAUCUCCCUGAUCCAGCAGAAACUGAGCGUGUUCUUCCAGGAGAUGUUUGAGACCUUCACGGAAAGCAGGAUUGUCGAGUGGACCAAAAAGAUCCAAGAUAUCGUCCGGAGGCGGCAGCUGCUGACUGUCUUCCGGGAAGGCAAGGAUGGUCAGCAGGACGUGGAUGUUGCCAUCUUGCAGGCCUUGCUGAAAGCCUCACGGAGCCAAGACCACUUUGGCCACGAGAACUGGGACCACCAGCUGAAACUGGCAGUGGCAUGGAAUCGCGUGGACAUUGCCCGCAGUGAGAUCUUCACGGAUGAGUGGCAGUGGAAGCCUUCAGAUCUGCACCCCACGAUGACAGCUGCACUCAUCUCCAACAAGCCUGAGUUUGUGAAGCUCUUCCUGGAGAACGGGGUGCAGCUGAAGGAGUUCGUCACCUGGGACACCUUGCUCUACCUGUACGAGAACCUGGACCCCUCCUGCCUGUUCCACAGCAAGCUGCAGAAGGUGCUGGCGGAGGAGCCCGAGUGCCCGGCUUGCGCGCCCGCGGCGCCCCGCCUGCAGAUGCACCACGUGGCCCAGGUGCUGCGGGAGCUGCUGGGGGACUUCACACAGCCGCUUUAUCCCCGGCCCCCGCACAACGGCCGGCCGCGGCUCCUGCUGCCCGUUCCCCACGUCAAGCUCAACGUGCAGGGAGUGAGCCUCUGGUCCCUCUACAAGCGUUCCUCAGGCCAUGUGACCUUCACCAUGGACCCCAUCCGUGACCUUCUCAUUUGGGCCAUUGUCCAGAACCGUCGGGAGCUGGCAGGAAUCAUCUGGGCACAGAGCCAGGACUGCAUCGCAGCGGCCUUGGCCUGCAGCAAGAUCCUGAAGGAACUGUCCAAGGAGGAGGAGGACACGGACAGCUCGGAGGAGAUGCUGGCGCUGGCGGAGGAGUAUGAGCACAGAGCCAUCGGGGUCUUCACCGAGUGCUACCGGAAGGACGAAGAGAGAGCCCAGAAACUGCUCACCCGCGUGUCCGAGGCCUGGGGGAAGACCACCUGCCUGCAGCUCGCCCUGGAGGCCAAGGACAUGAAGUUUGUGUCUCACGGGGGCAUCCAGGCCUUCCUGACCAAGGUGUGGUGGGGCCAGCUCUCCGUGGACAAUGGGCUGUGGCGUGUGACCCUGUGCAUGCUGGCCUUCCCGCUGCUCCUCACCGGCCUCAUCUCCUUCAGGGAGAAGAGGCUGCAGGAGGUGGGCACCCCCGCGGCCCGUGCCCGUGCCUUCUUCACCGCACCCGUGGUGGUCUUCCACCUGAACAUCCUCUCCUACUUCGCCUUCCUCUGCCUGUUCGCCUACGUGCUCAUGGUGGACUUCCAGCCUGUGCCCUCCUGGUGCGAGUGUGCCAUCUACCUCUGGCUCUUCUCCUUGGUGUGCGAGGAGAUGCGGCAGCUCUUCUAUGACCCUGACGAGUGUGGGCUGAUGAAGAAGGCAGCCUUGUACUUCAGUGACUUCUGGAAUAAGCUGGACGUCGGUGCAAUCUUGCUCUUCGUGGCAGGGCUGACCUGCAGGCUCAUCCCGGUGACGCUGUACCCCGGGCGUGUCAUCCUUUCUUUGGACUUCAUCCUGUUCUGCCUCCGGCUCAUGCACAUUUUUACCAUCAGUAAGACGCUGGGGCCCAAGAUCAUCAUUGUGAAGCGGAUGAUGAAGGACGUCUUCUUUUUCCUCUUCCUGCUGGCUGUGUGGGUGGUGUCCUUCGGGGUGGCCAAGCAGGCCAUCCUCAUCCACAACGAGCGCCGGGUGGACUGGCUGUUCCGAGGGGCCGUCUACCACUCCUACCUCACCAUCUUCGGGCAGAUCCCGGGCUACAUCGACGGUGUGAACUUCAACCCGGAGCACUGCAGCCCCAACGGCACCGACCCCUACAAGCCCAAGUGCCCCGAGAGCGACGCGACGCAGCAGAGGCCGGCCUUCCCCGAGUGGCUGACGGUCCUCCUACUCUGCCUCUACCUGCUCUUCACCAACAUCCUGCUGCUCAACCUCCUCAUCGCCAUGUUCAACUACACCUUCCAGCAGGUGCAGGAGCACACGGACCAGAUCUGGAAGUUCCAGCGCCACGACCUGAUCGAGGAGUACCACGGCCGCCCCGCCGCGCCACCCCCCUUCAUCCUCCUCAGCCACCUGCAGCUCUUCAUCAAGAGGGUGGUCCUGAAGACUCCGGCCAAGAGGCACAAGCAGCUCAAGAACAAGCUGGAGAAGAACGAGGAGGCGGCCCUGCUAUCCUGGGAGAUCUACCUGAAGGAGAACUACCUCCAGAACCGGCAGUUCCAGCAAAAGCAGCGGCCCGAGCAGAAGAUCGAGGACAUCAGCAAUAAGGCAGGGAUGGAGCUUUGGGGGUCAAGGACAAGCUCUGUCUGCAAAUCUAGACAGUUCCUGCAUCUCACAGUAGUGGAAUCACGCGGGUCCGAGAAGGCUCCAGUAACCACCCUCACAUGUUUGCAAGGCUGUCUGGGAAAACAUGGCAGGGUUGACGCCAUGGUGGACCUGCUGGACCUGGACCCACUGAAGAGGAUGGGCUCCAUGGAGCAGAGGUUGGCCUCCCUGGAGGAGCAGGUGGCCCAGACAGCCCGAGCCCUGCACUGGAUCGUGAGGACGCUGCGGGCCAGCGGCUUCAGCUCAGAGGCAGACGUCCCCACUCUGGCCUCCCAGAAGGCCGUGGAGGAGCCGGAUGCUGAGCCGGGAGGCAGGAAGAAGACGGAGGAGCCGGGUGACAGCUACCACGUGAAUGCCCGGCACCUCCUCUACCCCAACUGCCCUGUCACACGCUUCCCCGUGCCCAACGAGAAGGUGCCCUGGGAGACGGAGUUCCUGAUCUAUGACCCACCCUUUUACACGGCAGAGAGGAAGGACGCGGCCGCCAUGGACCCCGUGGGAGACACCCUGGAGCCGCUGUUCACGAUCCAGUACAACGUGGUGGAUGGCCUGAGGGACCGCCGGAGCUUCCACGGGCCGUACACAGUGCAGGCCGGGUUGCCCCUGAACCCCAUGGGCCGCACAGGACUGCGUGGGCGUGGGAGCCUCAGCUGCUUCGGACCCAACCACACGCUGUACCCCAUGGUCACGCGGUGGAGGCGGAACGAGGACGGAGCCAUCUGCAGGAAGAGCAUAAAGAAGAUGCUGGAAGUGCUGGUGGUGAAGCUCCCUCUCUCCGAGCACUGGGCCCUGCCUGGGGGCUCCCGGGAGCCAGGGGAGACGCUACCUCGGAAGCUGAAGCGGAUCCUCCGGCAGGAGCACUGGCCGUCUUUUGAGAACUUGCUGAAGUGCGGCAUGGAGGUGUACAAAGGCUACAUGGAUGACCCGAGGAACACGGACAAUGCCUGGAUCGAGACGGUGGCCGUCAGCGUCCACUUCCAGGACCAGAACGACGUGGAGCUGAACAGGCUGAACUCUAACCUGCACGCCUGCGACUCGGGGGCCUCCAUCCGAUGGCAGGUGGUGGACAGGCGCAUCCCACUCCAUGCGAACCACAAGACCCUCCUCCAGAAGGCAGCCGCUGAGUUCGGGGCUCACUACUGACUGUGCCCUCAGGCUGGGCGGCUCCAGUCCAUAGACGUUCCCCGCAGAAACCAGGGCUUCUCUCUCCUGAGCCUGGCCAGGACUCAGGCUGUUCCUGGGCCCUGCGCAUGAUGGGGUUUGGUGGACCCACUGUCCCUCACGGCUGCCGCAAGUCUGCUGCAGAUGACCUCAUGAACUGGAAGGGGUCAAGGUGACCCGGGAGGAGAGCUCAAGACAGGGCACAGGCUACUCAGAGUUGAGGGGCCCCUGGGACCCUUGGCCAUCAGGCGAGGGGCUGGGCCUGUGCAGCUGGGCCCUUGGCCAGAGUCCACUCCCUUCCUGGCUGUGUCACCCCGAGCAGCUCAUCCACCGUGGAGGUCAUCGGCCUGAGGCAAGUUCCCCAGAGAGUCGGGGUCCCCUGUGGCCCCCUCAGGCCUAUGUCUGUGAGGAAGGGGCCCUGCCAUUCUCCCCAAGAGGGCCUCCAUGUUUCGAGGUGCCUCAACAUGGAGCCUUGCCUGGCCUGGGCUAGGGGCACUGUCUGAACUCCUGACUGUCAGGAUAAACUCCGUGGGGGUACAGGAGCCCAGACAAAGCCCAGGCCUGUCAAGAGACUCAGAGGGCCCCUGCCAGGGUUGGCCCCAGGGACCCUGGGACGAGGCUGCAGAAGCUCUCCCUCCCUACUCCCUGGGAGCCACGUGCUGGCCACGCCCAGGAAGGAGGGACGGCAUGGGCAAGAGGCGGGGACGUGGGGGCCUUCUGGUUUGGUGUCAACAGCUCACAGGAGCGUGAACCAUGAGGGCCCUCAGGAGGGGAAUGUGGUAAAACCCAAGACAUUAAAUCUGCCAUCUCA